AUGCCAAUCGAGGAACUUUUCCGGCGUGGGCAAUGCUUCAGCUCCGUUGGCCCGAGACCUGCUCCUGCAGGGCUUCCGGCAAUUGAAAUCAACAUUACAGGCAUCGUCAACCAAGUGCGGGAUAUCCAGGAUCUACCGUGGACCGACGGACGCGGCGCACCCGGCCAUCGGUGGCGCUGGCGAGCUGCUGGCACCUCUCAGGGACUUCCUAUCCUACAAGUCCAGUUGUAUGGUUACAUUGGAGCUCACGUGGAGCUUCAUGCCACGGCUCUUCGUGACGGUAACCGGCCUGCAAUUCUGGUGACCCCUAACGGGAAUAUCAACGGUGGUGCUGCGCAGGGCUGGGGCGAGCCUCUCUGCCUCUCCUUGCUCACGAACUUUGACCGAAACGACAUCACCUAUGUGCUUCAUAUUGUACUUGCUGCCGCCGAGCUAGAAGAUGUUGCCUUGCAACGCUACCCUUGGUCAAAGAAGAAGUCUUAUGACUAG